AAUCCCAAGCCCUUGAGUCGAGCAAAGGAAAAACCAGAAGCGCUCUCUCUCACCCAUUCUCUCCCUAUCUCCAGAAAAGAAUACACGCAGUCACACAGUAGAGAGGAGGGCAAAGGAGCGGCAAUGGAUCUCAGCGAGGAAGUUAGGGCGACGAACAAGCGCGCCUUCCUCAAAUUCUUCGACCAAAGCGAACUGAGUAUCGAGUUGAAGAAGGACAUUAACACUAUGAUUAACAGACAAGAGCGCCGUUUGAUUAUCAAGCUCUCUCAUCUGUAUAACCACAGGGAAGGGGCUGACCUCGCUCGCAGGCUUCUCCAGAACCCAAGCGAGUAUAUGCAACCACUAUGUGAUGCAAUGACAGAGAUGGUUCGAAGCUGUGAUGCAAAGUAUUUGAAGGAAGGGGAGCAAGUCCUUGUCGGGCUUGAUGGUCCUUUUGUUUCACGCAGAGUGACCCCAAGAGACCUCUUGUCAGGCUUCAUUGGUUCCAUAGUGUGUGUUGAGGGAAUUGUUACCAAAUGUUCUCUUGUGAGACCAAAGGUUGUCAAGAGUGUUCACUUCUGCCCUGAGACAGGGAAGUUCACAACCCGUGAGUAUAGAGAUAUAACAUCCAAUAUGGGAUUGCCAACAGGUUCUGUGUAUCCAACGCGGGAUGAUCAAGGCAAAUUAUUGGUGACUGAGUAUGGGCUGUGCACAUAUAAAGACCACCAGACAUUAUCAAUGCAAGAAGUGCCUGAAAACUCUGCUCCUGGUCAACUACCACGGACAGUGGAUGUUAUUUUAGAGGAUGACUUAGUGGAUAAGUGCAAGCCUGGAGAUCGUGUGGCUAUUGUUGGGAUAUACAAAGCACUUGCUGGAAAGAGCAAGGGGAAUGUGAAUGGGGUUUUCAGGACUGUUCUUAUAGCGAACUCUGUCUUUCCUCUCAACAAAUCCACAACGGCGACACAAUUUGGAAAUAAAGACCGAGAUAAUAUCUUAAAGAUAUCUAAAAGAGACGAUGUCUUUGACUUACUUGCCAAUUCUCUUGCACCAUCUAUAUACGGUCAUACAUGGAUAAAGAAGUCAUUGGUUCUUUUGAUGCUUGGUGGAAGUGAAAAGAAUUUAAAAAAUGGUACUCAUUUGCGAGGCACCUUGUCCAAUGUCUUUCCUUAUUACCACCCAGAGAAACUCUUUACAGCUCAAGUUGUUGAACUACAGUUAGUUUUAAGUCCUCAGUCUGGUUUAAUGCUCUUUGAUAGUGAUAUAAACAUGAUGAUGGUUGGGGAUCCUUCUGUUGCCAAGUCUCAGCUGCUAAGAGCAAUCUUGAAUAUUGCACCUUUAGCUAUAUCAACCACUGGUCGAGGUUCUUCAGGAGUUGGCUUGACAGCUGCAGUUACUUCUGAUCAAGAAACAGGAGAAAGAAGGCUAGAGGCUGGUGCUAUGGUUCUUGCUGAUAGAGGAGUUGUUUGUAUUGACGAAUUUGACAAAAUGAAUGACCAAGAUCGUGUAGCUAUACAUGAAGUCAUGGAGCAGCAAACUGUAACAAUUGCUAAAGCUGGAAUUCAUGCAUCCUUGAAUGCCCGGUGCAGUGUUGUAGCAGCUGCAAAUCCCAUAUAUGGAACAUAUGACCGCUCGCUAACCCCAACAAAGAAUAUUGGUCUCCCAGAUUCUUUGCUUUCUCGUUUUGAUUUACUGUUCAUUGUUUUGGAUCAAAUGGACCCUGGUAUAGACCGUCAAAUCUCAGAACAUGUCUUGCGGAUGCAUAGGUUUCGUUCCACUAUGGAUGGAGAUGCAGAUGUAGGUACACAAUACGAAAGGGAGGAUGAGGGUGAUGCAAAUUCCACAGUCUUUGUCAAGUAUAACCGAAUGCUACAUGGGAGGAAAACAAGUCGUAAGCGUGAGACCUUCACCAUUGAUUUUCUGAAGAAGUACAUCCAUUAUGCAAAACACAGAAUUCAGCCUGAGUUAACUGAUGAGGCAUCAGAUCAAAUUGCAACUGCAUAUGCAGAGCUUCGAAGUGCCAGUUCAAAUGCCAAGACUGGCGCUGGAACUCUUCCAAUAACUGCCAGGACCUUGGAAACAAUAAUACGUCUGUCAACUGCCCAUGCAAAAUUGAAGUUAAGAAGACAGGUUUUGAAGGCUGAUGUGGAUGCCGCUCUUCAAGUCCUGAACUUUGCCAUAUAUCAUCAAGAGCUAACUGAAAUGGAAGAGCGUGAGCAAGAAAGAGAAAGAGAGAAUGAGAGAAAGCGCAGAUCCGAGAAUAAUGCAGGUGACACUGGUAGACCUCAGCAUCAAGGUGCCAGAAAUGAUAGAGAAAAUGGUGAUGCUUCUGGUAGAACAGGGGAGGCUAUGGAAGUAGAAGGUUCUGCUGGAACAGAUGUCAAUAUAUCUCCUGAGAGGUUGGAAGCAUUUAGCGCAGCACUUGGAAGGUACAGGCACGCACAGCAUGUUGAACAAAUAUCAGUUGCUGAUAUUGAGGGAGUAGUUAAUAGCGGAGCAUCUGUGCCUUUCUCAACUGCGGAGAUUAUGACCCUGUUGGAGAUGAUGGAAGUCGAAAACAAGCUGUUUUUCAAUAGGGAUGCAAAUGUAGUGUACUUUGUGUGAAGCAGUCUGACCUUCUGCAGUUGUGGACCUGGUGGUUUUCUGUAGUUUUAUGGCACAGACGUCUGCGCCGACGCUCAUUGAUGGAUCAUCUACUGAUGGUGUCGUGGCUGCACCUGAUUGAUCUAACUAGGCAUAUUCUGCAUUUGCCUUACAGCAAGGCAAACGGCUCCUAUGCCUCUUUACUUUUAUUUAUAUAUGCACACCUACUGUGUUCACCUUAGUGCCUUCUGAAUCAUAUGGUAGGAUUAUGAGAAUGAAAUCCAAAUCUUCUGUUAGACUGGCAGACACUAUGCUAAUCUUUGUGCUACAUCAACUUUAAUUAAAGUACGCAGAAUUAGCUUGUCUGAAAAGUUUGUAGUCCAUUAUCUUCAAUCCUACUGACUGGCAGGAUAACAUUGAGUAGGAUACAGGGUAUACAUAAAUGUAAGUUGCAGUGUACAUACAAUGCAGCAAACUUUUAGGUAAGAGUAAAUGACCUAAAGUACAAUUGAAAGUGAAAGCCA